UGAAUUCUUGGCUCAAAGCCUCAAACCAAGAACAUUUCGAGAAUCUGCCAGUACCGAAAAUUGAUAUUUAAUUCUGACAUUUUGAUUUUGUCCCCUUCCUUCAUCGGGAGGAGGAGGAGGAACACCGCCUACUUUUCGUUUGUGAAUCUGUGAUACUGUUUUGGAUUCUUCUUUCUUUCCUCAAUAAUUGAGCAGCGACUGUGAGCACCAUCGAAAUCGCAAUUCAUUUUCUACCGCAAAAUCGUUUGAAUUUUGAGUUGCCAUCACUCUCUCCCUCCUCCUUAAGCUUCUUCGGCAACGGUGUAACAAUGGCGUCCCAAGAUGCUCACCACCACCACCAUGGACACGACCAUCACCACGACCACGACCAUCACCACGACCACGAGAAACCUCACGGCGAUUCGUCUUUUGUUGGAGCAGAUGGUAGGGUUUUUCACAGUCAUGAUGGACUAGCUCCUCACUCCCAUGAGCCCAUUUACUCUCCUGGCUUCUUCAGCAGGAGAGCUCCGCCGCUUCUUACUAGAAAUUUUAAAGAGAGAGCUUUCACCGUCGGUAUUGGUGGCCCUGUUGGUACUGGGAAGACGGCUCUGAUGCUGGCACUUUGUACCGUCUUGCGUGACAAGUACAGUCUAGCUGCAGUCACCAAUGAUAUCUUCACAAAAGAGGAUGGAGAAUUUUUGGUGAAGCAUGGAGCACUACCAGAGGAAAGGAUUAGAGCAGUGGAAACUGGUGGCUGCCCACAUGCUGCUAUUCGCGAAGACAUCAGUAUUAAUCUCGGACCUCUCGAGGAGCUUUCAAACUUGUAUAAAACAGACAUGCUUCUCUGUGAAUCCGGUGGAGAUAACUUGGCUGCCAACUUCAGCAGGGAACUUGCUGACUAUAUCAUUUACAUCAUAGAUGUGUCUGGUGGCGAUAAAAUUCCUCGAAAAGGUGGCCCCGGGAUCACCCAAGCCGAUCUCCUUGUAAUAAACAAAACUGACCUUGCUCCAGCAGUUGGAGCUGAUUUAGGAGUUAUGGAGCGCGACGCAUUGAAAAUGCGAGACGGGGGACCAUUUGUAUUUGCUCAGGUGAAACAUGGAGUUGGCGUCGAGGAAAUUGUGAACCACAUCAUACAAGCUUGGGAAGCAGCAACAGGAAAGAAACGGCAUUGACAUCUCUCAGUUGAAAAAUGGCUAGAGUCUGGUUUAAGCUUAACCUAUGGGCUGUUCUACUUAGUUUAGCUGCUUACAUUUCAGAACUAAAUGCUGUCAAUCUUGUUUAAGGAAAAGUUUGAACUUUUAGCUUCGGCACUUCUUAUUUUAGAUCACAUCACAAGAGACUUGGAAUUCCAUGGCUUUUAUAUGCCUCGGCAAAUGAUUAGAACAAUGAAUUAGUUUGGCCGUUCAAGACUA